AUGCGUUUCGCACUCCGUCCUAACCUCUUCCUGCUCGCCACCUUCGCUGCGCUCCUCGUCGUGUCCAGCGUUUAUGCCGAUCAUCACAGCGAGGCCAGUGCAGCUUCCGAUUCUGCCACCAACGGUACGGCGAGCGCGGGCGGUGCCACGAAUCCUUCUGCGAGCGGUUCCGCAAGCGGUACAGCCAGCGGCUCCGCCACUGGUGGUCAAGCUGCAGAGCUGCAAGCAUGCUUCCAGCAGUGCGCCAUAAAAUCUGCCACUGAUGUCAAAUGUCAAGGACUGGGAGAACCCGCUUGCUUCUGGUGAGUGUCGGCCUCAGUCCGAACAGCCUCGAGGGGAGGCAGAUGCAAGUGCCAGCAUGGACCUUGUAGCAUGAUGCGUUGUGCGUGUCUGACACAUCCUUCAUCCCUUUUCGCCUCUUCUCCCCCCCUUUUCUUCCACACUGUGACGUGCAGCAAAAAGCAAGAAUUCGUCGACGAGACGGCCAAGUGCUCCAUGGCGUGCCCUAAUACCAAUGCGCAAGCCCUGACUGGCGGCUUGGAGCAGCUCAAGCAGCUCUGCGUUUCCGCCACUGGCAACUUCACCCUCAGCGUGCCCGCAGGUAUGGCUAGCGGAAGCGCAGCCGCCAACGGCACUAGCAGCGGAUCUUCCACUGGAAGCUCCUCCAGCACCGCUGGACAUAGCGACGCCGCAGCCUUCAUCGUCGCUCCCGCCGCGACCGCUCUGGCUGGCGUCUUUGUGUUCACCGUCGCUGUUGCGGCCACUCUCUAA